AAGUACUUUUAUUAGAGUUUGAACUCUUACCAAUUAGAACAAAUUUAGAACUCAAUUAAGAUUUCAACAUUAUUUUUGGAAACCUUUCUAAAAAUGAAACAAUCUCAUACCAAAUUUGACCUCAAAAAAACAUGGCUGCUUCUCCCAAACCUCAUUCCACUAAACGCCGCACCACCAAACGCAAAACUCCAUCAACCACCACCAUCACCGCCCUUUCUCCUCUAAUCUCCGCCAUUACAGCUGCUCUUUCAUCCUCUCACUCUUUCCUCCAUAACAACGAUCUUCAACUUCUUCCUUCUCAAUCUCUCUCUCUUCAAUCUUCUCUCUCUUCUGCCUUCCUUUCUCUCUCUAAACUCCAACCCAAUUUACAGCUCCCUCUUUCUCUCUCUUCCUGCUGUUGGUUUCAGCGUUUUCUCCUUUCUUCCACCUGUGAUGACGAUCCAAGGUGGGUUGAUUUCUUCCGUAUGUCAAAACCCACUUUUUAUCGCCUCAAUUCCAUGCUUUCUGACUCGAUUUCAUCUGUUCUUAGUUUGCCGAUUUCUUCUGAUUAUGCACUUGGGGCUGCUAUUUAUAGGCUCGCGCAUAAUGGGUCGUUUUCAAUUGUGGGAAAACGAUUUGGGUUAAGCUCGAAUGAUGCUUGUAGGGUUUUUUAUGCUGUUUGUAAGGUGAUUUGUGAUCAAUUGGGGGGUUAUUUGGGUGGAUUUAGGUCGGAAUUAGGGAGAAUUUUGGUGGGGUUUGAGCGGAUUUCGUUGAUUAAUUGUUGUGGGGUUUUAGGGGUUGAGAAAUUCCCAAUAGAAGGUGAGAUUUUGGGGAAAGAUGGGUUUUUGAUGGUUCAAGCUUUGGUUGAUUGUGAUGGGAGAUUCUUGGAUGUUUCUGCUGGUUGGCCUAGUACAUUCGAUCCCGAUUCGAUUUUACGACAAACAAGAUUGUUUUUGAGUGUGGAGGAAUCUAAAGAGCUGUUGAAUGGUCCUGAAGUUGAGCUAAUUGAUGGGAAUUUGAUGCCUCAGUAUAUAUUGGGUGAUUCUUGUUAUCCUUGUUUGCCAUGGCUUUUGACUCCUUUUGUGAGCAGGGGUGAGGCAGAGGAUUCGACCUCGAGCGAAAAGGAGUUCAAUGAGGUGCAUAAGAGAGCAAUGGAGUUAGUAAGGAUGGCAUUUGGGAGGGUUAGAGCUAAUUGGAAGUUGCUAAAUAGGAGGUGGAAGGAGGAGUUUGUUGAAUUCUUGCCUUUUAUUGUCAUCACUGCCUGUGUGCUGAAUAAUUUUUUGAUGAAGCAUGGAGAAAUAUCAAGUGAUGAUGAUUCGGGUUGUGUUCGAGAGCAGGAUAUGCCGGUUUAUGAUGGGGAGGUCGAUGAAGGUGCUGCAAGGAUUAGGGAUUUGCUGGCAUUGCAUCUUAGCCAGGAACACCUUGUGCAUGACGUGGCGUAAUGAGGGGAGUCUACGUGACAAGUGGACGUUUUUAUAAACGCCUUUUAAUAUAUUAGUAUAGAUUUCUAAGAGAGAGAGUAGAUAAACAAGCGGAACAUGCAUCCAUAGUCAUAUAAAUUAUACAGUCAUCAAAGACAACAAG